CCAUUGGGUUUCAUGGAAUUGCUAGAGUGGGUAUGGAGUUCUAUGGUAGCGGUUCUUCUACGUUUAAGCCAUUCGAAGCCUUGAAAGUUCUAAAGUUCCGAGACAUGCCAGAUUGGAAAAAUUGGUUAUGUUUUGAUUCUGAAAAUGAAGGUGAAGCUUUUCCUCGUCUUGAAGAGCUUUAUAUUCUUAAGUGCCCCGAGCUAACAGGAGGGUUGCCCAUCCAUCUUCCUUCUUUAGCCAAACUUGAGAUUGUUGAAUGUUUGCAGCUGGAGGCCUCACUCCCAAGGUCUCCUACUCUACAUCAAAUGAUGUUAACGAAUUUUAAUGAGGUUCUGUUAAAUGAAUUGCCAUCUGGAUUAUUGCAAAAAGUAGUACUUAAAGGAUGUGUUGCAUUACGGUCCCUACCGGAGGGAAUGAUGGGUUCCAGCAGUCCUCUUCAAGAAUUGGAAAUCGAUGGUUGUUGCUCGCUCAUGUUACUUUCCGAUGAUGGUCUACCCUCCACAUUAGAAACUCUUAAGAUUUCAAACUGUAAGAAGUUAGAAUUCCCAGUGCACUUCAACUAUUCAUCCCUCAAACAGUUGUACUUGGGAAAUAGUUGUGAUUCUCUUAAGUGCUUUCCAGUAAACUUAAUUGUAGAGAUCGAUAUUUUCACCAUCUAUGGAUUUGAGAAUCUGGAGUCUCUUACUGAUUCAGAACAACAUGAAAGUGAUUCAGCCGCCUCGAUUAUAAGAAUCGAGAAUUGCCCUAAUUUCGUAUCAUUUCCAGAUGGAGGCCUGCGUGCCCAAAAAUUGAAAACAUUUGAGAUAAAUGGUUGUGGGAGUUUAAGGUCAUUGCCUAACAAGAUGCACCUACUCCUUCCAUCUCUUAAGUCACUAUUUAUCAGUGAGUGUCCAAUGCUACAAUCAUUUGGUGAAGGGGACUUGCCUACCAAUUUAAAAUCGAUUUCCAUCAAACAUUGUGACAAACUCGUUGCCUCUCGAACGACAUGGGGUCUGCAAAAACUCUCCUCUCUUCAAGAAUUGUACAUCCAUGGCAAAUGCAAAGAUAUGGAAUCUUUUCCAGAGCCGGCGUCGGUGCCCAUAACCAUAACUAGUCUUACUAUCUCUGGAUUUUCAAAUAUGACAUCUUUGGACAACUUGGGCCUUCAACACCUCACCUCUCUUGAGAGCAUGUGGAUCUAUGAUUGUCCUAAUCUGAAGUUCUUGCCAAAAGAUGGGUUUCUUGUCUCCAUUUCUUUACUAGAUAUCAGCAAAUGUCCACUAUUGGAGAAAUUGUUACAAAAUAAAAAAGGAAAAGAAUGGCGCAAGGUUGCUCACAUCUCCCACAUAAGGAUUACUUAUAAAACGAUUUGAAUGGCUUCCUCUACAAGGCAACCAUAUGAACUACAAGUGGAUGGCAGCGACUGUACAUUCACCUUUCAAAGUAAGGUGAUGCUUCAGAUUCAAACAUAAACAGCGGGCAACAUUUUACCUAUUGCUGAAAUUGAGGAAAUUUCUGUUAAGAAUAGCAACUCCGCUUCUACAACAAAUUAUAUAGCAGUACCAAGAAAAGCCUCAAGUUCCUUUGUGAGACAAACAGAUCGAAACCUUGAUCGGUAAGUCACUCUAAGAAAAUAUCUACAAAAUCGAAAUUCAAUACCAUUUAUUUUCCCAAGGAAAGGCAACUAGAUUUCGGGAAUUCAAGAAAGAGUA